GUUUUGAAGUUUGCGUGGUGAAUGUCGGGUCGGACAUUACAAAUCGCUAUCGCACCGUGCUAUAUAAUUUUCACACACUGCUAAUACACACAUACACAUUUAAAAAAAAAAAAAUUUAUAACGAUUGCUAUAUUAAUAUACGAUUUUUUAAAAAAUUUUCAAUAUUUACAAAAAAAGAUAAUUUAAAGAGACUCGUCUUCAUUGAUUUUUUAUUUAAACGCCGGCUUUAAAUUAUCAUCAUCAAAAAAAAAAAUAAUAUUUGAAAGUGACAAAUUUUUAAAACAAUCGGCGGAAUUCUAUUGAAAAAAAAUCCACCACUCAAAAAAAUACAAGAGUUUACCGCGCGCAUCAACUUCUGUCAAAAAAAAUCGUGAAAAGACCGUUAUAAAAGUAAAAACGAACAGUCCUUCACUCGAAUUGUGGAUAAAAAUUAAAGUGUUUGACUGUCAACGACGAACAUGUGCUUAUAACGUUAUUUAUCGUAAAGAAAAUAGCGAAUUUUAAGAAAAUCCCACCAAAAAAAAAAAUAAAAAUAUCCUUGGGAUUAAAAAAUAUUUCUCCAAAACAAAAUGAGAAAAGUGUAACAAUUUAUGUGCUAAAUAUAAUAAAACAUAGGUUAAAAGUUUUGUGAUACACUAUAAAACAAAAAUUCUGACGAAAUGGUUAAAUUAAAACUGUCAAACCGUAAAAUUUAGUAAAAAAAAAAUAAAGAAAAUUUUAUAAUUUUUUGUGCAAUAACACACAAAUAUAUAAAUUAUAUUUUGGAUUACACUCUUUCAAGCGCGCACAUCUUUACACACAACAUAAAAAAAGUGCGCAAAUUAAUUUUUUUUUUAUUUCAACUUGAAAACACAAAAAAGUAUUUUAUUACUUUUUUUGUUGGUUAAAAUAUCAACCAACAACACACAAUUUUUUGCUGCCCAACAAAUUGCAACAAAACUUCAUUUUACAAAAUGAAUUGGAUUAAAAUUUGCCUGUCUGCAUGGAUUUUAUUAUUAGUUUUAAGUGAGGUGAACAGUUCCGGUUUAUUUGAAUUACGGCUUAAAUACUUCAACAAUGACAAUGGACGAGAUCAUGAAGGUCAGUGCUGUAGCGGACAAUCGGAUGCGGUCGGAAAAUGCAUCGGUACAUGUAAAACACGAUUUCGUGUUUGUCUAAAGCAUUAUCAAGCGAAAAUCGAUACAACAUCCCAAUGUACAUUUGGUGAUGUUGUAACACCAAUACUUGGCGAAAAUUCUGUAAAUCUAACAAAUGUACCAAAUCAGAAGAAGAUGGAUUUUACAAAUCCAAUACAAUUUGCAUUUAAUUUUGCAUGGCCGGGUACCUUUACGCUUAUAGUUGAAGCAUGGCAUGAUACAAACAAUGACUCCAACGCGAGAUCAAACAGUCUAUUAAUCCAAAGACUAUCAGUGCAACAGGUUUUAGAAGUUUCACCCGAAUGGAAGACCAAUAAAUCCGAAGCUGCAUAUACAUGGUUGGAAUAUGAUUUUCGCGUAACAUGCGAUCCGCAUUAUUAUGGUGCUGGAUGUGCGAAUCUAUGUCGUCCGCGUGAUGAUCAAUUUGGUCAUUAUACAUGUUCGGAAAAUGGUGAAAAAAUUUGUUUAUCUGGAUGGCAGGGUGAUUAUUGUGAAAAACCACGCUGCACAAAAGGUUGUGAACACGGAACAUGCGACCAGCCCAACACUUGCCAAUGUAGCCCUGGCUGGAAAGGACCACUUUGCGAUCAAUGCGAACCCUAUCCUGGUUGUGUGCAUGGAACAUGCAACGCACCCUGGGAGUGCCAUUGCGACGAAGGCUGGGGUGGUCUGUUUUGCAACCAAGAUCUCAACUACUGCACCAACCAUCGACCCUGCCAUAAUCAAGGAACCUGCUUCAAUACGGGACAAGGUCUUUACACCUGCAAAUGUGCGCCUGGAUUCAAUGGCACUGAAUGCGAAACCCAAGUCACUUCCUGCGAAUAUGAACCCUGUCUGAAUGGCGGCAGCUGUUCCGAUGAUAGUGCGAAUAACAACUACAAAUGCGACUGUCGUAAAGGUUGGACAGGACGACACUGCGAGGAUAAGGUGCAUACGUGUAUAGACAAACCCUGUAAAACUGGAAAUUGCCGGGACACAAAGUCGGGGUUUAAAUGCGAAUGCCCGUAUGGAUAUAGUGGAAUUCAUUGUGAAAUUCAUGUAGACAAUUGCAAUCCAAAUCCUUGUCAAAAUGGUGGAGCAUGCAUGGUCAGUAGUACUGGCGAAAAUUCAUUCAAGUGUCAAUGUUUAUCCGGAUUCACUGGAGAUCACUGCGAAGAGAACAUCGAUGAUUGUCAGGGUAAUCCUUGUCUAAAUGGAGGAACUUGCAUAGAUAUGGUUAAUCAAUUCCGUUGUCAAUGUGUACCUGGAUAUCUUGGAUUGGUUUGCGGCGAAAAGGUUGAUCUCUGUCUAACAAAGCCUUGUGCCAAUGGUGGAAGCUGUACAAAUCUUAAUAACGAUUACCAAUGCAUUUGCCGGGCUGGAUUCGAGGGUAAAGACUGCAGCGUUGAUAUUAAUGAAUGUGCAACACAACCCUGUCGCAAUGGAGGAACCUGCGUCAAUCGAGUAAAUAGUUUCCAAUGCAUCUGUGCCAAUAACUAUGGGGGAAAACAAUGUGAAGAAGAUUCAUAUACAUACUCACCCGCAUCACCCGACGCCCAACAAUACGAAGCGAAUCCCCAAAUACCUCGCAGUGACGGUCUAACAAGUGGUCAAGUAGUUCUAAUAGCCAUUCUCUCAGUUGCCAUGCCAGUGGUUGCCGUGAUUGCUGCCUCAGUUGUGAUCUGUAUGAAGCGAAAACGCAAGCGUGCCCAGGAAAAAGAUGACGCCGAAGCGAGAAAACAAAAUGAACAAAAUGCCACCGCCAAUGGAAUGCACAACGGUCAUGGCAUGGGUGGCGGUAUGGUUGGCAUUGGCGGAGUCGUUGGCAUGGGUGGCUGUGGCGCUGCCACACUCUCAGCCAAACGUACUUCAAGCAGUGCCUUGGCGUUCGACAACACCAAUCCAAACAUCAUAAAAAACACCUGGGACAAAAGUGUCAACAAUGUCGCGAGUGUAACAGGCGGUGGUAGUGGUGGUGGUGGUGUCGGCGACGAUUGUCUCAUGAACACCAGCCUCUAUGGAGCUGCUGUAAUCUCCGGUUACAGUGACAACAACAACGCCAAUAGUGAGUGCUUUGUUGGCACAAUAACACCGCUGGCUAGAGCAAAGUCACAAAAGCAGCUCAACACAGAUCCAUCAUUGAUGCAUCGAGCAUCACAGAUACUCAGUAGUCCGCCUACAACCAAAGAAUACAUGCUCCAGCAGGACAGCAGUAAAAGGAUAUCAGUCCUUGGUGAUUCAGCGUAUUGCAGUCAAAGGUGGCCGUCGUCAGUGGCGGCGGCGUCAUCGCAGAAUCAGCGAACAGUCGUUUGUGGGACCCCGCAUAUGUAGUUAUCCAAUAAAAAAAUAUUUUUUAUAUUAGAAUUGUAAAAAUAACUGAAGGUUUAUAGUUCCCUCAUCUCAUGUGUAGUCAUGUUUUCAUUUGUAAGCCUAAGUAUUACCUUCCUGAUUCCCACAAAUAAUAACAACAACAACAAACGAAAUCUUACAUUUUUAUGGAAUUUUUUUUAAUUUUUAUCUUAAAUAAGUUAAAUUUACAAAACAAAAAUUGUGUUUAAAUUAUUAUUCGCUGACUGACUGUAGAUAUUAAAAUGUUUCCUCAAAAAAUAAUUGUCUUACUUAAACAAAUUUUUUCUCCGCUAUGGCUUCGAUUAGACUGAGAUUAAAUAUUGGUUUAAAUCAAAAAUUGUAAUAUUAAAUUGAAGGAUGUUUUAAAACAACCCGAUUCUGAUUCUCAAACAUGUUCUCUUCAAGCAAUGAACCAUAUUUCGACUUACAGUCUAGUCCUAGCUUUAGUACCUACAUAUGUAAUUUAUUUUAUGAUAAAAAAAAUUUAUUGAAAGCUACAAAAAUUGAUUGUGUUAUAGCAAAUAUGGACAACUUGUAUACUUAGCGGCAAAAUACUAUAAAAAUGAUUUAAAUGCUUAAACAAAAAUAAACCAACGUGACUAUAAAUAAAA